AUGUUUCCCACCCGUAGAGCUUUCUCAGCGGCUUCCAGGCAGCUCGCCAGCCGAUCCUUCCGACCAAUCCAGCCCUCAGCCCGCCUCUACUCUACAGAAUCAGCGACAUCAACGACAGAACAACCAGCUACAUCAACACCCCCCGCAAAAGCUUCCACUUCCACAUCAUCGAACAGCAACACAACGAGAUAUGCCAGAUCCGCGACCAAGGCGACCAAACCGGCCAUGGCGGCCUCUAUAGCAUACGAGGAUAUCGUCUACCAGCCCAAGGGCAUUGCGUUUGAGGAUGCAAAGGAGGAGGAUGGCGAAGUGCUGGACCCAGCGACUGUGGACUGGACGAAGAGCUUCUACGGCAUUUCAGCAAAGCCAGUAUCGGAAAAGCAGUUCAAGUUUCUGAUGCAGCCGGUCGAGGAGAAGGACAUCGAGGUCAAGCCCGAUGGCGUCAUCUAUCUGCCCGAGAUCAAAUACAGGAGGAGAUUGAACGAGGCUUUCGGGCCUAUGGGAUGGGGCUUGAUUCCCAAGGGAGAGGCAAUUGUUAGCGACACGAUUGUGACCCGGGAGUAUGCUCUCAUUGUGGGCGGCCGAUUUGUCUCACAAGCUCAGGGCGAAAACUCAUAUUUCUCUUCCGAACAGCUACCCUCUGCCGUUGAAGGAUGCAAGUCCAACGCUUUGAUGCGAUGCUGCAAGGACCUGGGCAUUGCCUCGGAGCUGUGGGACCCUCACUUUGUCCGAUGGUUCAAGAAGAACCACAUGGAGGAAGUGUGGGUUGAGCACGUCACGACCAAGAAGAAGCGAUUGCAAUGGUAUAGAAAGGGCGACGUUGACGUACAGUACCCUUACAAGGUCAGCAAAUAA